GAGCCUGGUAUGAAGUUUUAGGACAAAAUUCACAAUGGUCAAAUUGAUCAAUUAAGACCCCACUGAGGAGUGAGGGUCUCGUGUUGGUGAAGUGAGGAUUGGAUUAUUUAAAGAGAGAAUCAAAGCAUGAAUCAUCACUUUCAUUAAAAUAUGCCACUGUCUUUUAAUUAAUUAAUGUUUCUAAUUAUUUGUUUUGUGACAAAUCACAGAGGUCAUUAUCGUUUGGCCUAAUUUUACAGAGUAGUGACAUAACGAAAUGAUUCACAAUUAAAACAAUAUAGCAGAUCAUGUGUACCUGUUUAAUGCCAGGACAUUAACACGUCACAAUUCUGUUAAGGCUCCACUUUUUCUUUUCUCCUCCUUUUUGAGAUAAAGAUACUCUACCUAUAUUAUCUUCAUGACUCAGGCACUGUCCUCGUCUUAUCUUUGCGGCCGAUACUUUGAGCUCUGCGAGUAGAAAUGGGCCGGAGCUGUUUUAAUGUGAAACACCUGUGGUUAAUGAUUGUGGUUAUUGGAUAAUGGGAGUAUAAAACAAGAGGCUUACACUGUGCUUCUCUGCCUUCACCAUGUCUUUUUCUGGAAAGUACCAGCUGGAGUCUCAGGAGAACUUUGAGCCUUUCAUGAAGGCCAUCGGUCUCUCUGAUGAACUCAUCCAGAAGGGCAAAGACAUUAAGAGCACUUCAGAAAUUGAGGAGACUGGUGAUGACUUCAAAGUGACUGUGACAACAGGUCCAAAGGUUCUUACCAACUCGUUCACUAUUGGACAGGAAGCUGAGCUGGAGACUGUUACUGGUGAGAAGAUCAAGACUGUGGUAAUGCGUGAUGGCAACAAGUUGAAGGUCUCUCUGAAGGGAAUUGAGUCUGUCACAGAAAUGGUGGAUGGGAACACUAUUGUCAAUACGAUGACUCUGGGUGGCAUUGUUUACAAGAGGACGAGCAAACGCAUAUGAACAUCCUGCACUAACUUGACUAAUAAAAUCUUAAUGAAA